UGAUCGGUAAUUAACAAAAAUAAAUAAUUCAAGGUAUUAAUUUUAUGUUGUGUGUUGUGCCUAAAUGUGCCUCUCGCUCUAGCUGCCUCUAGUAACAAAUUGCAUUUACAGUUUACAGUUAAAAUUUAAUUACACACACACUCAUAGAUUUAGAAUUGAUAAAGUGCCAAAGUUAAGGUUUGUGCAACAAAUUGUUGCACUUCUACAUCAGUGCAAAUUGAUAAUACACAACAAAGUUCAAAAAAUAAUUCAAUAAAAUUAGUAAAUAAAUGCAUAUUGUAUAAAAAUUCUCUUGGCUAAGAAAGUUGUGCACAAAACAAAAAGUUCGCUCAGCUCGCAGUGACGCCUGCGCAGCUGCAAAUUCUAAUUGGAUAUUUUUUGCAAGCCGGAAACGGAACCGACUGCACGCCAUUUGUGAAAAAAUCGCGCAAAUAGAGGCUGCAACAAGAACUCGUUCAUGUAUUUAUGAGUCUCGAUUGCCGGAACACCCAGCACGCAAUCCAUGUGGCUGAUGCAUUGACACAACGACGCAGAGACACUUGUCGCCUAGCUGAGUAGCCGCUCGGUGGAGCUGUGAGGAAAAUGUUUCCACGGCAGCCGGCUGCAGCCAGCGCGGAUAUUUAUCAGGAUGCAACAACAACGCUGCGCUCAGCGUUUCCCAACUCUCGACUGGAUUCGCUGGCGGCACAUCCAACGCCCGCGAAUGAGCCUGAUCCCAACAUGGACAGUCAGCUGGCAGCGCCAGAUCCAACUGAAUUGGGCGGCGCCAGUGCCGGCUAUAAUCCGCUGGACGAUGACUGGUGGUCCAAUGCCAUUGAGGUGGACACGUUCGAUUCGCCGCUGGCCUUCGAUGCCAGCGAGAAUGGUCUGUGGAACGGACAUUUUGUGCCACCGCCGCCACGUCCACCCUUUCUGGAUGAAAGCGUCGCCGCUGACGGCCUGACCACCUGUGAUCUAUGCACGUGGGCCUGGCAGCGUAAUGCCUACUCCCUAGACGGUUCGAUAGAUAACGCUGGAGAGCUUGGAUGGGUAUUCACCCUAAUCGUAGUCUCAAUCAUAUCGGGUCUGAUAGGUGCUAUUGUAAUGGUCAUAUUUCUAAGAUGUAGAAGAAUUAAAUCAGCGAAUGCCAAUGGUGGUCGCCCGCAGCCGUGGUGGUGUCGCAACAAUCGCAACGGUGCCGGCCAGAACCGCUCGCCAAUUUCCAUUAAGCAUUCGGCGGACAGCAUACGCCGGCCGACUAGCAACUCGGGCGUCUGGACCUGGCUGGGCGGCAGUCGGCGCUCGUCGGCGGGACCCGAUCAGAUUGGUCCGCCAUCAACAUCGCCAGCCGAGAAUCAUUAUACCCACAUGGAUGAUGCGUACAGUCCGGUCGGUGUCAGUGAAGCUCUCUACGCGGAACUUGAUCGCGAAUCGGUGCGUUCGGCAAAUCCGUCGUAUCAGAAUACGGCAUACAGUCAGUGUGGCGAGAAAUACAAUUUCCAAGCACACGAGCAAGACAUUCCCAUGGUCGUCUCGUCAGCGCCGAGCAGCGCCUACUACUCGGAUCUCUCCGUAACGGCCAUGCCAGGCGGCGCCAGUGGCAGCAACCAGGGCGCCUAUGAGAUUGUUGGCCUAAAUGUCAUGUCGCAGCCGCUGCCCAAUUGGGAGCAUCAUGGCGGCGGCGGCGGCAAUGGCGUUGGUGGCGUUGCCACCACCGGUCUGGCGACGGGUGAUGCUGCCGCAGCGGGCAUGACGCAACGGCGCAUGCCGCGUCUGGCUGCCAUCAAUGAGACGAGCACCAGCACAGUGCCCUCGGACUAUGUCUAAGGAGU